GGCACCCACCCCGUUUCAGAGGAAGAAAAAAGAGGCGAAGAUAGCUCAUCGAUUUCAUAUCUCCUAACUCUUGAGAUUAAUUUUCAAAUGCAUCUAAAUCCUUACGCAUAAUUCUUAUUACGUUUCGUCUAAAUAAACCCCUCAAUGCCCCCGCCGGAUAAACCUCCCCGCCGUUUCUCGUUCUUCGGCAUCACUGCAGGUCUUGGAGGAGGUGGCCGCGGAGGAAGAAGCAAAGGAAACGCCGCCGAUCUGCCACUGCCGCGGCUGAAGCUGGAAGUGGACAGGGAAGUGUACAGACCCGGCGAUCCGGUGACCAUUACGGUCGAAAUCACCAACCCCACUUCUUCGUGCUCACUGCUGAUCGAGAGGCUAGGUUUUGAAAUCAAAGGGAUCGAGAAAUUGGAUACUCAGUGGUUCUCCACUGCCAAACCUUCUCUGGAUUCUAAGCAGCGCAGGGGUUUGUUUAUCUUUCUUCUUCAUUGUAUCUGAGAUUUUGUACUUAUUCUUCAGUUUUGCCUUGAUUUUUCAGUUCGGCAAUAUCAAGAUUUCUUGAUGGAUUAUCAUGCUUGACCUUGGAGGCUACUAAUCAUACUUUGGCAUUUUCCAUAUGCAUUUUCAUUUUUGAUCGAGGAAUAGUGCCCAAAUCCAAGUAAUAUCUAGGAAACAAGUCCUGCCAGAUAAGCGUAGAGUAGAGUUUGUCCAACUGUAAACACUACAGAAGUUUAACAACUCUAACAAUAAUUAGUUUUCCGUCAUGUUGACAAUGUCUAUGUCUGACCUUGGAGUCCAGGACCUAAGAACCCACCUCACAAUUCCCAUGGAAUAUCUCUGGUAAGAACCUAUGCUGCCUGAACCCACUCUUCAGUCACAGUCCACAUAAACCUUGACUGCCAUAUAAUGUGCUGAGAAUUUCAGUUCUGAUCAUUCUGAUAUAUCAAUUGAAAUAUUUGUCAUAUUGUCAUGCAAAAGAUAGAAAGAUGAAUAUUUGUGAGCUUAUUAUCUGUUAUAGUCAUUUGUGCUCGGAUGUUGCUUAAGUGCUACAUAUCUAAGAUUGUUAAACUUGAUCCUAGUUAGCAAAUGAUGGAAUUGAGUACUAACUAGUCAUAACUAAUGCGGAGUAUGUGAAGUUUAAACUUAAAUAAGUUUCAGAGUCGUAUAAGAACUUAAGUUUAAACGCAGUCAUAUAACAACUUAAGUUUAAAAUUCAGCCAUACUUCAUCCAUAUAACAUCCUCAUGAGUAUAGAGUUGCGAGUCGACCACUACAUAUGGUGGUAUACAACCAGAUAGUUGAUAAUGAAUGAAAACAAUACUCUGACUGAGAAGAAAUGGAAGAGCGAUUGAUGGAAAAUACAAUAGGCAGAGAAGAUGAAUCUUUACAAGUCUGCCAAGCACUACUCUCGUAGUCAGCCAGCUUCAAAGAACAAUCUCAAGAUGAAUUACCGAUGAAAAAUGCUUUAAGUCAACAAAUCCAUAGAAGAAUCAUGAAGAGGUGAGUUUGUUUUCAUGGAUUACUUGACUCCUGCAUUAGUAUCAAACAAAAUUGUUACCUAUGGGGCAACCAAAAAAUUCGUAGUGCGAAGUGUUCUGCCUGGCAUCAUACCACCAUCAUAUAGAGGAAACUCGAAUACCAUUGCAAAUAUGGGUGACUCAGAAUGGUAAUGGCUUGCAAAACAAGGAAGGUGAAACUGAUGGAAUUGUUCCUACUACAACAAUCAUGUUGGAUGUUUACUGGAAAGAGAUGGAUGGAGAUUCUGAAUGGGCCAGAGUUAAUGAAACAUUUGAUGGUAUCGAAGACGAUUCUGAAAGCGCGAGGGAUGAAGUUUCAUCUAUUUCUUCAUACAGUACCAUGAAAGAAAAUAUACACACAACUUUUGGAAGCUCAUUGUCUUUGCAGUCUGCUGCAGCAAGAUCUUCACGUAAAGAUCUUUCAUUGCUUGAAGGGCACACUUCAAGCAUAUCUCCUCAUGUGGAACUUCCACAAAUAUCUGUAGCUGAGAUUUCAUUUGAUUCAAGUGUUGAUGUUUUGUCUCCAAGUAAGUAUAAAGUCUCUCCAAGCCAAUGCCAGGAACAAACAAAAUCAUUUUCUCGAGAUGAUGAAUCAACAAUACCUUCUGUUUCUCGGGCUGGCGAUUCUGGAGCAUCAGAAGGGUUCAUUAGAGGAAGAUCUUAUAACAUCAGACUUGAUGAUCAAGUUCUUUUAAGAUUUUCUCCAAAAAACUCUGAGUCAACGUACUAUUUUAGUGAUAUGAUUGGUGGAACCUUUACUUUCUUUCAUGAAGAAGGAACCAGAAGAUGCCUUGAGCUCUCUAUAACACUGGAGAUGACAGAGACUAUAAGCAGACGUUUUAUUCAUCCCUCAAGAAGACAUGCACCCUCCAUUGCUAAGGUUCAUAGUGAUCAUUAUGAAGUGGUAGCAGAUUUGGUGCAGACAAGCUUUCUGUUUUCCAUUCCUAUCGAUGGGCCCAUGUCUUUUUCAACUCGCUACGCCUCUGUGCAGUGGGCUCUUCGAUUUGAAUUCUUUACCAGUCCCAAGAAUGUGGACUGGACCAGGUAUGAGCAUCCACUUUUGAUAGAAGAAAGAGAGAAAUGUGAGUGGGUUCUUCCAAUAACUGUGCAUGCACCACCGGUUAGCGCAGCAGCAGCAGCUCAGGUCCAAAACGACAAGUCCUUCUCUUUGGAGGAAGCCCCCUUGUGGAUACACACUUGAUCAGGUCUAUCAUCCCGAUUGCUUUGAGGAUUUUUUCCCCGUGAAAAAGUGGAGCCAAAUGCUGGCUCGUUCAUGUUGUGGUUCCUUUCUGAGAUGCAAUGAAGCGCAUUCAUCUUCGAUUUCAACGAGUGGAAUCCUUUUUUUAAUGGAAUGCAUUUGAUGCUUCUCUUUUAUUGUAGUGUUCAUGUAAUGUGGCGAGAGAUUUUCUUUUUCUUGUCCUUUUAUCUACAAAUUAUAUUUAACUUUGGAAAUGAUCUUGCAUUCAUGACAUUUUUGUAUGUCCUUGAGUGACAUUUUCAUUAUUAUUCUGGAUAAUACUCACUUCAUUUAACCUUGGCAUAUUUUUUUGG